AUGCGCUUAUUGUCACAACCAAUUGGCAAGCCACCAUUUAUUGUGGAAAAAAUUGUAUCGAAAUGGUGGAAAGUUUGUAUUCUUAGUGAAUUACUAGCUGUAGUAUAUAUGUGUACUGUUAUAAAACCGGAAUAUAAUGAACGUACGAGAGUUUCCGAGAAUGCAUUGCUUCCAGCACUUGUUACUGAACGAUUCAAUUAUUAUCAGCGAAUUUUAACUUUCCUGAAGGAACUUCACAUUGAACGUGAUAUUCCCAAAUAUAUUGAAAAACAAUUCUUGGCUCAUGGUAUUAUGGCUCAGACGAUGCGGUUUACAGUAACUCUUCCAGGCUCUAAUCAAUCUGGAACGAAUGUUGUGGGCGUUGUUCGUGCCAGCCGUUCAUCAUCAACUGAAGCUAUAAUUGUGGCCGUGUCAAUGACUAAAACAGAUUUGGAAGCAUUGGCUGUGGUGUUGGCUUUGGCAACUUAUUGUCGAGAACAGAUAUAUUGGGCUCGUGACAUUCAAUUCGUUUUCGUAGACAAAGGCCUAAUUGGGCUCACAGCAUAUCUAGCUCAAUAUCAUGAUCAUCGUCAUUCAUUCUUGCAAUCCGACAAAUUACAUUUUCAUAGCGGUGCGAUUGUUGGUGCUUUUGCAGUGAAAGCGAAAGGUUCCGUAUUUGACACGAUGAACAUUGAACACAACAUGAUCAACGGUUUAUUACCAAAUUUGGAUUUAAUCAAUUUGAUGGCAAAAUUAGCGGAUAAAUUUGGCUUAAUUCCCGAAGUUUUCCAUCAUGGAUAUCAAAGAUCAUGGUGGGAUAUAGCUGGUACAACUAGUAAAGCUAUACUCAGUCAGGCCUUCAAUGAGAAAGAAGGAUUGCAUAGUAUGUUUGGACCAUACGGAAUACAAGCAGUAACUAUACAUGCUAAAAGUAUUAUGGAAGGACAUGCAUCGUUGACAGACUUAGGUCGAAUAUGUGAAGGAGCAUUGAGGUCUCUGAAUAACAUCCUGGAAAAGCUUCAUCAGUCAUAUUUUCUUUAUAUAAUGACGGAUGUGCGACAUUUUCUUUCUGUAGCUUAUUACAUGCCAGCCCUUGGUCUUAUUUUGUUUCCACUAUUAGUAUUAGCACUUCGUGAAUGGUUCAGUCUGGAAGAAUUCAGUUUUCCAAAUUCAUUUAUUCUUCUUCAUGUCGUUGGAAUAGUCCAAUAUUGUAUUAUUAGGAAUGUUGCUGUGUCACAAUUUUAUCAUACCUAUACGGUUUUGCUGUCAUUUUCCGUUUUCAUUCCGUGGUAUUUUCUUUUUUCACUGUAA